AUGAUCCUCCAACUGGACUACAACGCAACCAACCUGGCACUGACCCUCUGUGCAGUUGGCAUUGCAUACUGCCUCAGCCUUGCCGUCUACAGGCUGUGGCUCAGUGCGGUGUCCGGCUUCCCCGGCGCGUUCUGGCCAAAGGUGACCUUCUUGUAUGAGUUCUACUACGACUGGGUCCAUCACGGGCAGUACUAUCGCCGAAUCCACGAGAUGCAUCGUCAAUACGGCCCUAUCAUCCGCGUCUCGCCGGUCGAGAUCCAUGUCGAGGAUCCGCUGUUCUACCACGAGAUGUUCGUCCCGGCCAAUGUGCGCAAGGCAGAUGCGUAUCCGGCAUUCGCCCAGGGGACCGGGUUUGAAGACGUCGUUAACAUGUGCACCACGCAUGAAGGGCACAAGGCCAUGCGCGACCCGGCCGUGAAGCUCUACUCGAAGGUCGCCACGCACGAGCCCACGGUCUUGGGCUGUGUCAGGGCGUUCUGCGACAGGCUUAAGGCGGAGCGGAAUACAGGGAGGGUGCUGAACAUCACUCAUGCGUGUCUUUCGCUUGCUAUUGAUGUCGCCACAAGCGUCACCUUCCAGGGCGAAUCGAAUUACCUGGCAGACCCGACGUUCAACGAGAAGCUGCUCAACGUCCGAACGGCGGGCGUGUCGUAUGUUCCUCUUUUUGCUAAUCUCCCUCCUCCAUUGAGGUGCGUCACCCUAUCGGUCAGCCAGUUCCUCGCAUCGCUUAGCCCUGACAUGCGCGAGUGGGAUCAAAAAGCACGCGGCCGAAUCAUGCAUAAAGAGUUGCAAGAGCCAACAACAAAGCUGCAAGGCCGCACCAAGCCGUGGAAACGGCCAGAAACUGCCCUUCGGGUUGGACAGGUCAUCCAGGAAAACGCCAUCUUCAACCUCUCGCACACCGUCACAACUCUCAUCGCCUACCUGGCCCUUGACAACCAGCGCCGUCGGAAGCUGCAGGAUGAGCUCGCCGCUUUCUGGGCAGAGCGUCCUCGCCAGGUCACCUCGUUCAAUGCGCUACGCGGACUCCCGUACCUGGAGGCAUGCAUUAAAGAGGGACUGCGGUUGGGGAAUCCGGCGUUGCAUCGCAUCCCAAGGGUGUUUCCGGACGACGACAUGGUGUAUAAGGACUGGGUAAUUCCGAAGAGGACGCCGAUCUCCAUGACACCGUACUACAUGCACAUGGAUCCGACGGUCUUCCCAGACCCGGACGCCUUCAAUCCCGAGCGCUGGUUCGGCCCGGGCUCUGAGGCAGACGGAAUCAUGCACAAGUACUUUGUCCCCUUUGGCAAGGGGUCGAGGGCCUGUGUUGGGGAGAAUAUCGCCCGGUUGCAAAUCUACUUCGCCAUCUCGCAGCUGUACAAGCCCGGUGCGCCGGAAAUCGAGCUGUUCGGGUCGGAUGAGUCGGAUGUCAGAUUGGUUCGAGGGUAUAUCUUCCCCCUGCCGCGGCUGGGUUCGAAGGGGGUCAGGGCUAUUGUGCGGAGUCCACAACCUUCUGAGGGUGGCGCGUUAUGGGGCGCGUGUGAAACUCGGACGUGUUGA